AUGGCUAUGGAAAUACUUGGAGAGAAUGCUCAAAGGGUAGCCAAAUGUGAAGUCAAAUUUAAUGGUGAAACAGGGUAUGAGAUCCAGGAUGGGCCAUAUAAACAUGUUGUUGACUUUAGGGCAUAUACCUGUACUUGUAGAUCAUGGCAACUCAAAGGAAUUUCAUGUGCACAUGCAAUUACAGCAAUGCAUUACAAGAACUAUGAGGUUGAGCCAUAUGUUGACCAUUGGUAUAGAAAGGAUACCUACCUUAAGGCAUAUAGCAGAUUCAUUCAACCUUUAACUAGUAUGAAUUUGUGGCCAACAAGCACACUACCAGCUAUUGAGCCACCUGUUAGAACUGCAAUGCCAGGAAGGCCAAAGAAAAAAAGGAAAAAGGCUGCUGAUGAACCAAAGAAGAAGUUUGGGAAGGGUACAAGGAUAGGGAGACAAAUGAGAUGUUCUUUAAAAACCAAGAGGGACUGGAACUAG